AUGUUCAUCAACCGUUGAUUAUUCUCAACAAACCACAAAGACAUCGGCACAUUAUAUCUGUUAUUUGGUGCCUGAGCCGGAAUGGCCGGUACAGCCCUAAGCUUACUAAUUCGCGCUGAACUGGGACAGCCAGGUACUCUAUUAGGAGAUGACCAAAUCUACAAUGUAAUUGUAACAGCCCACGCUUUCGUAAUAAUCUUCUUUAUGGUUAUACCAAUUCUAUUAGGCGGAUUUGGCAACUGACUAGUUCCACUAAUAAUUGGAGCACCCGACAUAGCAUUCCCCCGAAUAAAUAAUAUAAGCUUUUGACUUCUACCUCCAUCUUUCUUACUACUGCUAGCAUCCUCCACAGUUGAAGCGGGAGCUGGCACAGGAUGAACCGUGUAUCCACCCCUGGCAGGAAACUUAGCCCAUGCCGGGGCUUCUGUAGAUCUAGCUAUUUUCUCUCUACACCUGGCGGGUGUUUCAUCUAUUUUAGGGGCAAUUAACUUUAUUACAACUAUUAUUAACAUAAAACCGCCAGCAAUAUCCCAAUAUCAAACUCCGCUAUUCGUAUGAUCAAUUUUAAUUACUGCCGUAUUACUAUUACUUUCACUUCCGGUUCUGGCCGCGGGCAUCACUAUACUUUUAACAGACCGAAAUUUAAACACCACAUUCUUUGACCCGGCCGGGGGCGGCGACCCAAUCCUAUAUCAACAUCUAUUCUGAUUCUUCGGACACCCAGAAGUAUAUAUUCUAAUUCUACCAGGAUUUGGAAUUAUUUCACACAUCGUAACAUACUACUCAGGAAAAAAAGAACCAUUUGGGUAUAUAGGAAUGGUAUGAGCAAUAAUGUCAAUCGGGUUUUUAGGCUUUAUCGUAUGAGCCCACCACAUAUUCACAGUAGGACUAGACGUAGAUACACGCGCAUACUUUACAUCAGCAACUAUGAUUAUUGCCAUCCCUACCGGGGUAAAAGUAUUUAGUUGACUGGCGACCCUACAUGGAGGAAACAUCAAAUGAUCGCCAGCCAUAUUAUGAGCCCUUGGCUUUAUUUUCCUAUUCACAGUAGGAGGAUUAACAGGAAUUGUCCUAGCUAAUUCCUCACUAGAUAUUGUUUUACAUGAUACAUACUACGUAGUAGCUCACUUCCACUACGUAUUGUCUAUAGGAGCAGUAUUUGCUAUUCUCGCAGGGUUUGUUCACUGAUUUCCACUAUUCACAGGCUAUACAUUAAGUCAAACCUGAGCAAAAAUUCACUUUGCCAUUAUAUUUGUAGGGGUGAAUAUAACAUUCUUCCCUCAGCACUUCUUAGGCCUAUCAGGCAUGCCUCGACGUUAUUCAGAUUACCCAGACGCAUACACCACAUGAAACACAGUAUCAUCCAUAGGAUCAUUCAUCUCACUAACAGCAGUAAUACUAAUAGUAUUUAUAAUCUGAGAGGCUUUCGCUUCAAAACGAGAAGUCUCCACUGUAGAAUUAACAACAACCAACAUCGAAUGACUGCAUGGUUGUCCGCCACCCUAUCACACAUUUGAAGAACCUACGUACGUAAACCCAAAAUAA